UUACAGACAAAUGCAGAAAUGUCAAACCCAACCUCCAAAUUGAUUCUUACAUCUUCAUCACAGACCAGAGUUCAUUCCUUUCUCUUUGUGCCUCUCAUUCCUCAAAAAACCGUUGUCCUGGGUAUUCGAGAGAAAAAAAGAAAUCCAUAGAAGCCAAAGAAGUGCCACUCUUCUUCCACCGGCCAAAAAUAUUUUUUUUUUCGCUAAAUGCUGGACCCAUCUAGAUAAAUCCCCAAAUAAAGAAAAAGGGGGGCUGCGAUCAUUUUCAUGAUCAAUAAAUAGCGAUCGUUGUCGGGAAGCUUAUUGUUUGGAUAUGCUCAAGUUGUGGAAAUGGUACCAGAAUUGCUUGGCGGUUCACCCUGUUAAGACGCAGGUCAUCAGCUCUGGCUUGAUUUGGGGUGCUGGUGACAUAGCUGCUCAGGCAGUUACGCACUGUACUGCCAAGGCCCAUGCCACAAUGGAUGAGGAUGACAAUAAAGAGUUAAAGAUCAACUGGAAACGGGUGUCUACAACCAGCUUGUUUGGGUUAGGAUUUGUUGGUCCUGUUGGCCACUACUGGUACGAAGGUUUGGAUCGGUAUAUAAGAUUGAAACUCAUGCUUAAACCGAAUUCCUUCCGUUUUGUUGCCACAAAAGUUGCUGUUGAUGGGUUUAUCUUUGGACCAUUGGAUUUACUUGUGUUUUUUACAUACAUGGGUUUUUCUUCUGGAAAGAGUGUUCCUCAAAUAAAAGAAGAUGUUAAAAGAGAUUUCCUCCCAGCCUUUGUUUUAGAAGGGGGCAUAUGGCCAAUUGUUCAGGUUGCAAAUUUUCGGUUUAUACCUGUGAGGUAUCAACUCCUUUAUGUCAACUUCUUCUGUCUAUUGGAUAGCUGUUUCUUGUCUUGGGUUGAGCAACAGCAAGAUGCACCUUGGAAACAAUGGUUGAAAUCACUUCUACCUUUGAAGUAAUAGUGUUUGCUUUCAGAACUCUCAAUUUAUUCUCGGAGUUGCCAGAUGUUGGAAGUUCAUGUUGGAAAACAAGUGACUAAUUCAUAUUGCUUGUAAACACCCUCCAGACUUUCAGAAUUGAAUUUCUGAAAUUGAUGAAAUUGCUUUCACAUGAUUUACAUGAUUAAUGAUUUUCAUCUUGAAUACAAGUUGACACAUUUUUUUCCAUUGAAUAAAUUGAAAGCUAUGUUG